CGACCUCCUGACUCAAUGACGAGCAUGCUAGUUGCCUUUGAACAACAAAAAAAUUGUUCUUUUUCUUGGGUCUGACAAAAGAGUUUUGGUGAAUGGGAUUCUGGCAUGGAAAGCAGGAAGUGGCGUGGUGAUCUAGAUAUUACUUCAAGCAAAAGAAACCAAUUUGAGGGUUAGUUUUCCUGGUAGCUCCAUCACCCACCAUAAGCAGGCUUUACUAUCUGUGAGCCCCUGGUUCUUGUAAAUUUCAUUUCGAUGGCAAUGAUAAGAAGAGAAGUUUCUCUACGUUUUGUGGCUUUCCUAUGCUUUUGGGCUUCUGCAAAUGGUUUACUUUCUCCCAAAGGUGUAAACUUUGAAGUGCAAGCUUUAAUGGGAAUAAAAGCUUCUCUAAAGGAUCCCCAUGGUGUCCUUGAUAACUGGGACAUGGACUCUGUUGAUCCAUGUAGUUGGACUAUGGUCACCUGUUCUCCUGAGAGCCUUGUCAUUGGCCUGGGCACUCCCAGUCAGAACUUAUCUGGUACUCUAUCUCCAAGCAUAGGCAACUUAACAAAUCUUCAGAUUGUGCUCUUACAGAACAACAACAUUACAGGACCAAUCCCUGCAGAGCUUGAAAGGCUCUCAAAGCUUCACACGCUUGAUCUUUCUAGUAACUUCUUCAAUGGGGAAAUUCCUCCCUCUCUAGGUCACCUGAGAAGCCUCAAAUACAUGAGACUUAACAAUAACAGCCUCUCAGGAGCAUUUCCGAUGUCAUUGGCUAACAUGACCCAACUUUCCUUUCUUGACUUGUCCUUCAACAAUCUGAGUGGACCUGUGCCCAGAUUUCCUGAUAAAACGUUCAACAUUGUUGGGAACCCUCUGAUCUGCGCAACCGGUUCGGAACCGGACUGCUAUGGGAAGACACUCAUGCCAAUGUCCAUGAACUUGAAUAAUUCACAAACUGCUCUACCUUCUGGCAAACCUAAAAGUCAAAAAGUAGCCCUUGCCUUUGGCUUGAGCCUCGGAUGCCUGUGUCUGAUGGUUCUGGGAUUUGGAUUGCUUCUGUGGGUGAGGCAAAGGCACAACAAACAGAUGUUCUUUGAUGUUAAAGACCGGCAUCACGAAGAGGUUUCCCUUGGAAACUUGAAGAGAUUCCAUUUCAGGGAACUUCAAAUUGCAACCAACAAUUUCAGCAGCAAAAACAUACUUGGAAAGGGUGGCUUUGGAAAUGUGUACAAAGGAGUUCUCCAAGAUGGGACUGUUGUGGCUGUCAAGAGGCUUAAAGAUGGCAAUGCGGCUGGAGGAGAGAUCCAAUUCCAGACUGAAGUGGAAAUGAUCAGCCUAGCAGUGCACCGAAACCUCCUCAGAUUAUAUGGGUUUUGCAUGACACCCACAGAAAGGCUUCUGGUUUACCCGUACAUGUCCAAUGGCAGUGUUGCUUCUCGUCUCAAAGGGAAACCAGUCUUGGACUGGGGCACUAGGAAGAGGAUAGCCUUAGGAGCUGCCAGGGGACUAUUGUACCUUCACGAGCAGUGUGACCCGAAGAUAAUUCACAGAGAUGUGAAAGCUGCGAAUAUAUUGCUUGAUGACUAUUGUGAGGCUGUGGUAGGAGAUUUUGGGUUGGCAAAGCUUUUGGAUCACCAAGAUUCACAUGUCACUACAGCAGUGAGAGGCACAGUGGGGCAUAUAGCCCCAGAAUAUCUUUCCACAGGCCAGUCAUCUGAAAAAACAGAUGUCUUUGGAUUUGGGAUCCUUCUCCUUGAAUUGAUUACAGGCCAGAGAGCACUAGAAUUCGGCAAGGCAUCUAACCAGAAAGGUGCCAUUCUUGAUUGGGUAAAAAAAAUUCAUCAGGAGAAGAAGCUUGAAAUGCUUGUGGACAAGGAUCUUAAAAGCAACUAUGACAGAAUUGAGCUCGAGGAGAUGGUUCAAGUAGCCCUCUUGUGCACCCAAUACCUUCCAGGUCACAGACCAAAAAUGUCUGAAGUAGUUCGAAUGCUUGAAGGCGAUGGGCUUGCAGAACGAUGGGAAGCUUCUCAAAGAGUUGAGCCAACCAAGUGCAAACCCCAUGAGUUUUCUGCAUCAGAUAGAUAUUCUGAUCUCACUGAUGACUCUUCCUUACUAGUCCAAGCAAUGGAGCUCUCUGGCCCGAGGUGAAUCGAUUCCGAAAUUCAUUUAUUUAUUUUUAUUUUAAUGAAAGUUAGAAUUUUGAGGAACGAGUUAUAGUUGAAGCUAUUCCACAAAGUUAAUGAGAGAUUGGAAGUCUAUGCUGUAUAAUAGUAGUAUAUUACAGCUCCAAAGGGCUUUGAUGUUUUCUUCAAUUGUACAGAAUGUUAUUUGAGUAUCUGACACUUUCAGAUAGAAAGUUUUGGUUGUUUGUAUUCAAGUUGAGUGCCAAAAAAAGGGGGAGAAUAUCCAUUAAAUCCCUGAGCUUGUAAGCAACAAGAUAAUGUUCUUCACUUAGCUUUUGCUGAUUCCUUUAAAUCUGUUGUGAAUGUUCCAA